CAGACCGAAUGAGUUAACGGUAGCGGACUAAGCAAUUCUAGCCUUCUAGGGUUUCCGAUUUCCUCCUUUGGUAAGGCACACCGACGCCGCAGUGAGCUGUCCGCCGUCGUCUCAAUCUUCCCUCUUUUCGCCGUCACUGUUUCCUCGUUUUCAUCAAACCCCCGGGAAACCUAGGAACCUCCUACUGCGAGAGGUACGAGAAGUUUCGAAUCCUCGUCUUCGGUUGAUUAAUCCGUGUUGUGAUUGAGAUGCUAAAAACCAAUGUUGGUUCAUCCGUGUCGUGUUGCGAGUUUAAUUUUGGUGUGCUGUGGCGUUAUGAAUUUAUGAUUAAAAGGUGACAAUGGCUAGAGGGGUGCCCGGGAAUCCUGCUGAACCAGGGGUUGCGGAAACUUCAACUGGCGUCUGCAUCCCGGAACCAGAGGAACCCCAGUGCUCUAUGCGUAAGUGGUAUUUUACGAGAGAGGAGAUAGAAGAUCAUUCUCCAUCUCGGAGGGAUGGCAUCAGCCUGAAGAAAGAGUCACAGUUGCGGAGUUCGUAUUGCUCGUUUCUUCAAGCGAUUGGGAUGAAGCUUAAAGUGUCUCAGACGACAAUAGCAUGUGCAAUGGUGUUGUGCCACCGGUUUUACAUGCGUCAAUCUCAUGCUAAGAAUGAUUGGCAGACAAUUGCAACUUCAAGCUUCUUUCUGGCUUGCAAAGUACGAGAAACGCCACGCUUUUUGAAGGAUGUUGUUGUUGUGGCGUUCGAGAUGGUGCACAGUUUAGAUUCUUCUGCCUUACAAAGUAUCAAACAAAGAGAAGUUUUCAAUAAGCAAAGGGAAUUGAUUGUGGUUGGGGAGAGACUUGUUCUGGCAACAAUUGGUUUUGAUCUUGACAUUCAGCUUGCAUACACGUCACUCGUUGCAGCUUUAAAGAGUUUAAAUAUUCUCCCCGACCUUGCUCAGGUGGCAUUGAAUUUUGUUAAUGACUGCCUUCGCACAUCACUGUGCUUGCAGUACAAGCCCCAUUAUAUUGCAGCCGGUUCAGUGGCUCUUGCUGCCAAAGUUCAAAAAGUGAAACUACCUACACAACAGGGAAAAGUUUGGUGGCUGGAGUUCGAUGUUUCACCAAAGCAAUUAAAUGAGGUCAUUCAGCGGAUGAUGGGGCCAGGCGGAAAAAAAGCUCUACCGCCCGAGAAUGGAAGAGUUGUUGCAUCUGAAACACUGCCUAGAAAGCCAAGUGGUAUUGACGAGGGUGGUGGGGACGAGAUUAAAUCAACAAAAGAAGAAUUGGAUGAUCAGAACUCAAAAUGCAAGAUUGCUUCUGCAUCUGAAACUCUGCCUAGAAAGCCAAGUGGUAUUGACGAGGGUAGUGGGGCCGAGAUUAAACCAAUAAAAGUGGAAUUGGAUGAUCAGAACUCAAAAUGCAGGACUGUUUCUGCUCAGACCAACGGUAGUAAGAUUGAUGUUGAUCGGAUUAGAGAUGCUAUAAAGAGGAGAAGGCGCGAUAAAGUUGUAAAUAAGAAGUCAGUUCAUGCCAUAGAUGAUGAGAUAGAUCCUGAAGCCUGGAUAGUAAGUGAGCUUGAAAAUGGAGUAGAGCUACAAAAUGCAUCCGCAACGAAGAAACAAAGGUUGUGAGUUUUUUUAUGCCGUUACAGGCAUCUUCCUUUGUGUAUCAGAGUGUACUUCUUCGGCUAGAAACUCGAUUCUUCUAAUUCUGUAAGUAAACUUCUUUUUUUUCGUCGAAAAAUUGUGUAUGUAUUUAAGUAGAGGGUUAUUCUAGUAAUUAAAAUCUUGCAGUAUACAUCUAAAUACAGCAAAUUUUCUGCCUCA